GUCAUAAUAAUCAGAGCUCUGUGAUGCUGUCCAGCAUGGCCACAACUUACCCAUUCAUUCCCUUCAGCAUUUCAGACCCUACAAGCACAGACCCUGUAUCUGAUGUGCCGAAUGCCAUCCUAUCAAGAUUACAGAGCAGUACAUUUUAAGCAUCUCAAGUGAUCGCAUGGAGUCCCAGGAUGAUUCAAAGGGAGUAUUUCCAAUCUUAUCACAGUCAGGCCCUGAAUCCUUCUCACAGGGGCCAGUUGCUAAACCUAUACAAUAUCAACAUCAAUGGAAAGAACCGCAGCUAUAUUUCCUGAAAGGAGAUCCCAAGGCACUGGGGACUGUCCAGAUCAUGAUUGCCUUCAUGAAUUUCAGUCUAGGCAUGCUCUUUGUUUUGUUUCCUAAAGAUAUUAAUGGUAGAAGACAUUUUCUGGUGUACACUGGCUACGUAUUCUGGGGAACAGCAUUUUUCAUCAUCUCUGGUUUCCUCUCCAUUGCCGCAGAGAAGAGAGCCACGACUAUUAUGGUCCAAAGCAGCCUAGCAAUGAACGUUGUCAGCUCAGUGAUGGCUGGCCUGGGAAUCAUCUUUCUCUCAAUCAAUUUCCUAACGCAUAUAUUCCUUUAUGACUGUCGUGAACAAGGUUCCCAUUUUUCCUGCAUUAUAUUAAAGUCUAUAUUUCUGGGAAUCAAUGUCAUUCUGUUAAUCCUAGCGAUCUUAGAAUUUCUGGUCUCCAUUAUCACCUCAUGCUUUGGUUGCAAGGGAUUGGGCUGUGACCAGAGUGAGGUCACUAUCCUCAUGCCUCCCUCGUCCUAUUACUUGCCAGAGAACCCUGCUGCUGAAGCAUACAACAGAGGGACAAUGCCUCAACAUCCAGUCAUUGACACAGCAACUGCACUACCAGGAAGCCACCCUGAUGAUAGUGUAUAGGAAACUUGCUUCCCUUUCCUUUCUUGGCUGUUUCUAAAUGAAAGAUUGAGCAAAUCAA